GGUUUUGGAAACACCACCAACAAAGGCAAUCAUGCUUUUCAGAGGGGAAAAUGCUAAAAUGUCUGAUCGUUGUCAGUCUUUUGAAUUACAAAGCAAACCCACAAAGAUCUCAGCUUGUGAAUUUCAUUAAGAAGAAACAAACCACAGGCGGCUUUUUCAUUUACUGUGUUUAGAGAGCUUACUUUACUCCAGUAAGAUUAACCAGGCAGUUUCUGGAGAAAGCCUGGUCUGUGUUGCUGACUGCUGUGCAACAUGUGGCUCCUCUUCAGAAGAGCAUGAAACUGAAAGCAGCAGAAAUGACGUUUCAGUGCGUGUCAGAACACACUGAGCAGGAAGAGCAAAGAUCAAGGAGGGCAAGAAGUGGUGGGAUCUGUUCCUGUUGUACUCUGCUGGGCUGAGCAUGGGUUAAAAUGCAAUGCAUUUCUGUCUCAUUCCCUUAGCACGAUGGCUUCGUUUCCUGUCCUCAAGCAAGAGGUGUUGUUCCGGAAUGGCACGUGGAGCUAUCGAAUUCCAGCCCUGCUCUACCUGCCACGUUUCAGCAUCAUCCUGGCAUUUGCUGAGGAACGAGAGGAUGUGGUGGAUGAGCAUGCCAAGCUCAUAGUGAUGCGCAGAGGCACUUACAGCCCAGGCAGACACCAUGUUCAGUGGAGCGGCAUGGAGACCAUUGUCAGUGCACAGCUGGAAGGUCACCGAUCCAUGAAUCCCUGUCCUGUUUAUGAUGAGGUCUCGGGGAAUCUGAUCCUGUUCUUCAUAGCUGUCCCAGGAAAGAUCUCUGAGCACCACCAGCUCAGGACAAAGAUCAACCUGGUACGUCUCUGCUAUGUCACUAGCAUGGACCAAGGACACACGUGGAGCCCCGUCCAGGAUAUCACCGAGAGUACUAUCAGCACAGAGUACAAGAACUGGGCCACUUUUGCAGUGGGACCAGGUCAUGGAUUACAGCUGUCCAACGAGGCCCGGAGCCUUGUGAUUCCUGCCUAUGCCUUUCGUAUCCUUGACCCUAAGCAUUACCCAGUCUCUUACGCCUUCUGCUUCAUCAGCUCUGACCAUGGGAUGACGUGGGAGAUGGGGAACUUUGUGGGAAAACAGAGCGCAGGGGAGUGCCAGGUAGCUGAGAUACACCACUGUGGCAGGGAUGUGCUCUACUGCAACGCGAGGACUAACAAGGGAGCGAGGAUCCAGGCUGUCAGCUACAAUGACGGGGUGGAUUUUGAGGAAGGCCAGCGGGUCGAAAAGCUUGUAGAGCCUCCUUCUGGAUGUCAUGGAAGUAUUGUUGCCUUCCCUCCUCCCCCUGAUGUCUGGUGCCAAGAUAGCUGGUUGCUGUACACUCAUCCUGCAGACCCAAAGGGCCGAAGAGAUUUAGGAAUUUACCUCAACAAAAGCCCUUUAAAUCCAGCACACUGGACAAAGCCAAGCAUCCUCUUCAAGGGUUUGUGUGCUUACUCAGAUCUGCAGUACAUGGGGAUUGGGCCAGAUGGCUCACCCUUGUUCUCUUGCCUCUUUGAAUAUGGGAUCCAUAAACAGUGUGAAGAGAUAAUUUUUGUAAUGUUCACUUUGAAGCAAGCCUUCCCUUCUGAGUUCUGAGUCUCGAGCCUUUUCAUUGGGGUUCUUCUGAAAACCACCUUUGCUGAUGCUCUUUUCACUAUCAGCUCUCAUCUUUCAGCAAAAAGAAUUUUUGUAUUCUUCCCACACUGCCAGCUAGGCAUUGUCUUGUAGCAUGCGUACAUCACAAAGUCUAUUAAACAUGCUAAAACUAAA